AUGGAAUUCUUAUCUAUUUUUGUGGAAAAGGUAACGGACUGCUUGAUGCAGCCAGUUGCGCGAGGGAUUGGGUAUUUAGUUUACUACAAGAGCAAUAUCAGAUGUAUGGAUAAAGAAUGUGAGAAGCUGAAUAAUAUCAAAAGUGAGGUGCAGGAAAGAGAGGAAGUUGCCCGGAGAAACUUACAACGCAUUUCACACAAUGGCGAAGCUUGGUUAACUAGUGUUGAUACCACUACUGAACAUGUGGAAGUUGUAAGGCAAGGUACAGCUGAGGUUGAAAGGGGUUGCUGCUAUGGUUGGUGUCCAAACUUGAAGUCACGUUACUCGCUGAGCAGUAGGGCUAAGAAAAUCACACUGGAGUUGAUUCAACUUCAAACUGAAGGCACCAAUCCAAAUGCUUUCUCCUUUGAUCGUCAAGUUCAAAGUGAGGCUAUACCUAGUGACAGUGGUGAGGUGUUUGACUCUAGAAAAUUGCAAGAGGAUGAGGUCAUGGCAGCUUUGAAAGAUGACGGAGUCACUAUGAUUGGGAUAUGUGGUAUGGGUGGUGUUGGUAAGACAACACUGGCUGUCAAAAUCAGACUAAAGGCGAAACAAGAAAGGAUGUUCAAUGAUGUUGUCAUGGUAAUUGUCAGUCAACAACCAGACCCUAAAAGAAUUCAGGGUGAGAUCGCAAGAGGAGUCGGACUGACAUUAGAAGGGGAUGAUAUGUUGAGUCGUGGAGAUCGGCUGCGUACAAGGUUAAUGGAUCAGAACAGCCCCAUCCUUAUAAUCAUGGAUGAUGUUUGGAAGGCUCUUGAUAUAAAGAGACUUGGAAUUCCAAGUGGAAGCAACCACAAACAUCAGUGCAAAGUGAUAUUCACAACGCGUUUCCGAUCUGUUUGUGAAGCAAUGGGAGCUCAGAAGAUCAUGGAAGUUGGAAUGUUAUCUGAAGAGGAAGCUUGGACCCUUUUCAAGCAGAAAGUUGGUAAUUUUGUCGACAAUCCUUCUCUACUUGGCAUUGCAAAAAAGGUUGCCAAAGAAUGCAAGGGGCUGCCACUUGCAAUUAUUACAGUUGCAGGAGCACUAAAAAAGUUUAAAACCAAGCCUUCGUGGGAUUGUGCCCUUGAACAAUUACGAAGUGCAGAAACAAGAACUAUUCCUGAAGUGCCCACAGAGUUGUAUAAACCUCUAAGGCUAAGCUAUGAUUUCUUGGAAAGUAAUGAAGCAAAGAACCUCUUUUUGCUAUGUUCCUUGUUCGAGGAAGAUAGUGAUAUCUGUCCUGAAGAAUUACUAAGAUGCGGAAGGGGGCUUUGCAUCUUUUCAGAAAUCGGAAAUUUAGAACAUGCAAGAAAUACGGUCAGUCUUCUGUUAGAAACAUUGAAAGAUUGUUUCUUGUUAGCCCAAGGUUCAGACAAAAACUAUGUCAAAAUGCAUGAUGUGGUCCGUGAUGUGGCUAUAAGUAUUGCGUUUGAGGGAGAGCAUAAAUUUAUGGUAAGUCAUCAUGUUAACUCGGAAGAGUUCCCAAGAAGAACUUCUUAUGAGCAUUUCACUCACAUGUCAAUAGUUGCAAAUAAAUUUGAUGAGCAUCCUAGACCAAUAUUUUACCCAAAACUGAUGCUUUUAAUGUUGAAAUUCCGGGUUGAAGAUUCAUUCAAAUUACAGGACGAUUUUUUUGAUGGAAUGGAUAAACUCAAUGUCUUAAGCCUGAGUGGAUAUAGUCUGUACUCCAUUCUGCCUUUGCCAGCAUCCAUUCAGAGGUUGUCAAGUUUGAGGACGUUGUGUCUGAGUAAUCUAAGGUAUCCUGACAUAUCCAUUAUUGGGGAACUUGUCACUUUAGAAAUUCUCAGCAUAAGAAAUUCUCAGUUAGAGGAGGUGCCAGUGGAGAUUGGAAAAUUAACCAAUCUAAUUAUGUUGGAGUUGCAGAAUGAAUUUAAUACAAUUGAAAGGAUUUCAGCAGGUGUCUUAUCAAGGCUAGUUCAAUUGGAGGAACUACAUAUAUUUGGUAAAUGUGCCGAAGAUGUUAUCUACAGUAACUUGAGCCUUUCCUCCAACUUGACACGGUACAAUCUUACAGUGAGUCCCAUGUGGACUUCAGCCAUGGAUGAUUACGACAGGAGUAUUACUUUAGAGGUCACGAAGACCAGGCCAUUGGGUAAUUGGAUCUGCCACCUGUUGAAGGAGAGCGAAUUCAUAUAUUCAACCGGAAAUGGCUCUAAUAAUGUGUUGACUGAGUUGCAACUGAAUAAACUUCAGAACGUGAAAUGUCUCCACCUCGAUAGUUGUGAUUUAGUGACGCAUUUAUUGAAGAUCUCUGGGAGGAGACAUGAAAUAAUCAAGUUCCCCAAUUUAUAUGAGUUGGAGCUUGAAUAUCUGAAAUGCCUGACUCACUUUUGCAGUGACACUAUUGAGGCUAUUGAGUUCCCUCAGUUACGGAAAAUGAUCUUCGAGGAGUUACCUAAGUUCAAAAAUUUCUGGCCUACAGCCAACAACUCCGUCAAUAACUCAAAUCCUCUUUUUCAUGAAAAGGUUUCUUGUCUCAACCUGAAAGUGCUAGACAUCGAUAGUUCUAACAUAAGUGCUCUAUGCCCUCACCAACUUCCAACUGCCUACUUCAGCAAACUUGAAACAUUGAAAGUAAAUAAUUGUAGAAAAUUGAGAAACUUGAUGUCUCCAUCAGUGACCAGAGGUGCUCGGAAUUUACGAAUACUAUUGAUAGAAAAUUGUGUGUCAAUGGAAGAAGUGAUCACAGAAGAGGAACAACAAGGAGAAGAAAUCAUGACUAACGAGCCCUUAUUUCCCCUGUUGGAAAAGUUGCAGCUUGAAGGACUGCCUAAGCUGGGGCAUUUCUUUCUGACAAAGCGUGCUCUUGAAUUUCCAUUUCUCAGAAAAGUGAAGAUUGAUGACUGCCCUGAAAUGAAGACGUUUGUCCAACAGGGAGUAUCUGUGAGUACACCGAGUCUUGAAUGGGUGAACUACGAUGACAGGGUGGAAGUAGAUGAUCUGAAUGAAUGGAUACAACAGAGGUUCAAUUCUAAGGUUUGUCUUGCGCCACUAAUUGAACAAAAUACUAGUGAAGGCACUACCGACAGCAACGAAUCUGAAGCUACUGUUGGCGACAAAUCUGAAGCUAAUGAUGGCGACAAAUCUGAAGCUGCUGAUGACUCGGAAGGGUGA